GUGUGUCAAAACAAAGGCAGUUUUGCCCUCGUUGGCACUCCCGCUAAAGGAGCACCAAGCGUCAGUCAAUCCAGCGCGUGGAGAAGGGCAAGAAAGGAAAUAAUAGCCCCGAGACAAAACAUUUGAAAAAGAAAACGGCGGCCAGGGAGGGUCAGAAGAGAAAUCGAAAGUCGACUAUUCCAGGGAAUUGACGCCCUAUCGUAGGUCUGACCCUUCAAAACAUCGCCGGGCUAGAAGAAGCUUUCGCUUGGCUUGCUCCAAGGCUGGCAGUGCCAGACAUGUGAACUUCACCUUCAGCCUCCGGAGGGGCGAGAGAGGGAGGGAGGGAGAGGAGGCUCUACCUCUCUAAAUAGCCAGCGUGAUUGAUUGAUUUAUUUGGAGGCAAUGGACGACUGCCACUGACAAGGCGAUCGGAGAUCUGGAAAACGCGACUUGGGAGGGGGGGAAUAGACAGAGAGACACACGCGGGUUUGUUUUGGCUUUUUUUUUUUAAGGAAAAUAAAAGCAUGAGAAACCCACAAUCAUCACUGGCCUAAAGGAAAGUAUUUUUUGUUUUGUUUUUCCAAAAGGUCAUUGCGGCCACCGGUCUUGUAGAAAUAUAUUAUUUUUGUCCUCGUGUCGAAGAAGAUGGAUUUCCUAGGCGGAAUCAUGCAGCAUAAAAGCAUAACGUUGAUGGUAUUCAUGGAGUAUAUUAUUUCUGGCCAGCCUGGAGCAGAUUCAAUGAAGCCGCGGGCCUUCCGUUGCAACGGGCACUCCUGCAAUCCCGCUGUGGGGAAUCUAGCAACAGGCAGGACGCCGUUCACUCUUACCACCUGUGGCCAGAACAGCACAGAACUUUACUGCUUUUACCCAGACCACCCCCUCCUCCACCAUGCCUCCCAAGGAUGCGGGCAGCCCAGGUGCACCAAGUGUAAUGCCAAGCAGCCCGAUAACUCUCACCUCCCUUAUUCUAUGACGGAUGACUUCUUCCUGAAUCCUGCCUCCUGGUGGCAAUCUGCUCAAGGGGUGCACAGGGAGGAAAUCAAGCUAGAUUUGGAAACGGAGUUUUACCUGACCCAUGUCAUAGUAGUGUUCAAGUCACCUCGCCCAGCAGCCAUGGUGCUGGAGAGGUCCCAGGACUAUGGGCAGACAUGGAGGCCUUACAAAUAUUUUUCUGUCAACUGCACUGCCACCUUUGGGCUCCCAGAUGAUAUCACUGAGGAAGGAUCACUCUGUACUUCCAGGUAUUCGGAUGUGAUGCCUUGCACCAGAGGAGAGGUGAUCUUUCGUGCCUUAACUCCUGCUAACAAGAUUGAAGAUCCGUACGGUCCUGAAGCACAAGACCUCAUGAAACUCACCAAUUUGCGACUCCGCUUAUUAAAGAGACAAGAGUGCCCUUGCCAAGGCUCAGGGCUGCUGGAGAAGCCUCACAGAUUUGCCCAUUAUGCAAUCUAUGAUCUAAUUGUCCGAGGCAGCUGCUUUUGUAAUGGCCAUGCAGAAGAAUGUCAAUUUGCCAAUGAGACAGGUGCCGUGGACAACAUGGUCCAUGGGAAGUGCAUGUGCAGACACAACACUGCUGGACAGCAUUGUGAGAGGUGUGCGCCAUUGUACAAUGACCAGCCAUGGGAGCCAGGCGAUGGGAAAACGGGGGCACCGAAUGAAUGCAAAAAGUGUCGUUGUCACAAUCAUGCCGAUAGCUGCCAUUUUAACCCGAGUGUCUGGCUGGCAUCUGGACAGCAGAGCGGAGGUGUCUGUGACAACUGCAAGCACAACACAGAGGGCUACCGGUGUCAAAGGUGCAAGCGUGGCUUUUACAGAGACAGAGGAAAGCCUAUGUCUUCCCCAGAGAUUUGCAAACCUUGCUCCUGCCAACUCAUCGGCUCAGUGAAUACAACUUUCAACCAGAGCUGGAAAUGUCAUCCAAAGACAGGAUUCUGCUUCUGCAAACCAGGUGUUGCAGGCCCAAAAUGUGACAGGUGUCUUUUGGGAUACUGGGGCUUUGGAGAGAAUGGCUGCCAACCUUGUGAGUGUGCCAGAGACUGUGACAAGCACACCGGAGAAUGUCUCAACAAUUAUGACAAUCAGGCUUUUUUCAAUAUUCCCAUUGGUGGGAGAAUCCCUGACCUCAUUCAAACACUAGCCAAUGAAAGUGAAGAUGAGUGGCAGUGGAAUGGCCACGAGCAAGGAUUUUCUGCACUAAGACAUCCAGAAAAGUGUGACUGCAAAGAAAGAACACUAGGAAGUGCCACCAAUUUCUGCCGGAUGAAAUACGCUUAUGUAAUAAAAGCAAAGAUCCUCUCUGCUCAUGACAAAGGAACCCAUGCUGAAGUAAUUGUGAAGGUAAAGAAGGUUCUGAAAUCGGGCAAAGUGAAAAUCACCAGGAGCAACAGGAGCAUCUAUCCAGAGUCUUGGACAAACAGGGGAUGCACAUGCCCUAUUCUUAAUCCUGGUAUAGACUACCUGAUAGCCGGACAGGAAGAUACUCAGACCAACAAACUCCUUGUCAACAUGAACAGCCUGGUGAAGCCCUGGAAAGCUCAUUGGGGGAAACUCGUAACAGACAUGCUUCGAACUGGAUGUAAAUAAUGCCCUCUUUCAAAGUGAAAGCCACAAACUUUACAUAUGUUAGUAAUAUUGCAGUGAAAGGCCUAGUUAGUUCUCUUAUUGUCAAUCAAAACAUUCCUAGCUAAGGGGAAUUACAGCAGAAUCAUUCCCCCUCCCUAGCUGCUCCUAUUUUGUGUUUUAGGCAGGAAUCAUGUGCGUUGAGUUCUUUCUCCCAAGAAUCAAAGGAGAACAAUGAGCAAUUCCACCUGCCCAGACUCAAAAACCUUACCUCACUUUGUAUGCCUAGGACUCACUGCUUACAACUUGCCUCCAUGGAUAUCCAGAGCUCUGCCCCCACCCCAACCCCAUGACCAGCACAAAGAUUACAAGCUGCAUUAUAUGUUGAUGGUUCCAAGAACGAACCUGAUACUACUAACACAAACAUAUAGCUGCUGCACUAAGACAUUCAUUUCUGGAGUGGGUGGGUCACUUUUUUGAAGUGGCCAUAAAGGAUAAGCAAACAACUUUGUCAAGCUUCAGGGUCACAAUGUACUAAAUGGUUGGCCUGUCAUAUGACUCUUGCCUAACUUAGCAAUCUUCUCUUUUUUAAGCUCUCUACGGAAGCUACAGUUGAAAACAAUACAUACAAUCUUUGGGGUUAUUACUAUUAGAUUUAUAUCCCACCCUUAAGAGUGUGCAUGUGCCCUCAGUGUUUGCACUGGAAUGGAAAAAUUCUGUAGAUUUAUGUUGUCUGUGUCUAUACCUUGCCAGAGAAGCAAACAGGCAGAGCCUGUGAGAUGGUAGGAGAGGCUGCGAGGAUUCCCAGAACUUCACCUUCUGGGAAGUGUAUGUGCAUAGGGAGCAUAUCUUGGGUUUGAUCCUGCAGGCAGGAGCCUCUGUGGAUUUCCCCUUUGCUCUUUCAUAGAGCUUCUGGGGGAAACCGGUGGCUGGAGACAUUAAGAGAUUACAAGGAUUGAUUGGGGGGGGGGAGUUUGAUUAACAUUGAUGCCCAUGUAUUUGCCUUCUGUGGGGCUCAUUUCUCUCAAGGCAUGUACCAGAUCAUCAAUAGUUCUGGCUUUAAAGCUGAACUCACCCACUCUCAUCAAAGGUCUUCCAGUUUGCCCUCCCAUUGGCAUCCAUUACAGCAUGCAAAUUUCAGGAGGAUCACUGAAAGAAGGACUUUUGUGGCACUGAAGUUUCCUUUGUAAGGAAAGAACACAGGAUCAACCCACAGUUCUGUAUACAAGCAGCAAAAGAAGCACUGGAAGUUGGCUUGAUUUGGCACACAUGGAUUCUCCAAAGCACUACAGAAGACAUUGCGGUGUGGCUAGUGGGACGUAUUGAACAGCCGCUUUCAAGGAAACAUUGGCUACCUUGGGACAGCCACAUGAUUUUUAUGACCUGCUCUUUCCAAGACAAUACUUGAUUCCCAAAUUCUCUCCUGUUAAUAUUUCAUGUAAAAAAAAAUCACAUUGCCACUUUUUAGUUUACAACUGCUUGCAGUCACUUGCCUACUUUCCUGCUGCAAUCACAUGCUGUUUGCUUUAAAGCAGGGCUUCUUAAAAGAGCUCUCUUCUCUAAUGCAAAACAAAGGCAGACAACUGGUGUGCUGGUAUUUUAUAUUUUCUGUUGGUUGGGGCUUGGCUCAAAGACAGCAGUGCCAUGGAAAUGCCUGAAGUGUUUGACUUCGAAGAAGUGCAACACUUUGCUCUAUUGAUUCCUGAACUUCUGAAGCACUUGUGAGCAGGCAUACAAUACUCACGUGACUGCACCUCAAAUUGCCUGCAAGACUGGUGGGUAGAUGGAACUUCUUGUCCAGUCAAGGCACACAGAAAUCUGUACUGCAAAAACAUACAAAGGACAGGUUUGCUUUUUACAUUUAACAUAAUUUUGAAUGAGCCUCAGGAAGCCUCAGGCUCAUACUUUUCUCCCUGCCCUUCCUACAUGGAUGGGAAUUUCAUAGAAUAGUAGAGUUGGAAGGGGCCUAUAAGGCCAUCAAGUCCAACCCCCUGCUCAAUGCAGGAAUCCAAAAUAAAGCAUGCCCAACAGGUGGCUGUCCAGCUGCCUCUUGAAUGCCUCCAGUGUUGGAGAGCCUACCACCUCCCUAGGUAAUUGGUUCCAUUGUCAUACCACUCUAACAGUUAGGAAGUUUCUCCUGAUAUUCAGUUGAAAUCUGGCUUUGAAGGUUUCUGCUUCUCACUAACCGCAACUAUGUCAUCUGGACCUGUGGCUAAUCUCAUCUAUGAUUAGUUUAAACAAGCCAGCUUCAGUAACUAUGGUUUGAAGUUGGCUUGUUUGAAACUAAUAACAGUUUAUGUUAAUAACAAUUUGUUGGUCCCAAUGAUAUGGCAAACCACAGUUAAGUAAAAUCUUUCAAACCCCUCCUCCUGGCCAAUGGGAUGAGAGAGGACAUGAACCUGUCUUGCUGUAGCUCUUUACUACUUGCUCACAUCAUUCUAAAUUAUGGUUUAGUGAGAAGUGCUGCUGUCACCAAAGUUUUCCAAAUCAGGUAGCCAGUUACAGACAUGUUUAUUGAGAGAGGCUCAAGAUGCUUGCAAAAACAAACACAAACGAACACACACACACACACACUUUUGUCCUCCACAGCUUGAGCUUUGUCCCACCUCCACCCACAGUCAACAAUCCUGCUGGCCUGUGACAACUGCAUACUGAUGCACUAGUCAUGCUUUUUCCUCCACAUGUACUCUGCAAUUUUCAAAUCACUGCAUACACAUUUAUUGCUUUCUUUUGGAAUGCAAGACUUGGGUCAGACACAGCAGUCCAUCACAAAGAAAAGAAAAAUUGCAAGGACAGGAGGGUGGCAUUCCUUAGCUUUUAACCAAGACAAAAUAGAUAUUGACCAGAGUGACUUUGUAGGUUUCCAUUGUAAGGCAUCCAUUACAGACACAUUUUCAUCAUUUGUAAUGGAGGAAUAUAACAUGCAUUGCUCAGAUAUCACUGGUCUUAAAGAUUAUGACAUUUGUUUUGAAUGCCGCUCAGCUGUUGCAAAAGAAAUGAAUCAAAUGUCACCUAAAACAUGGAAAAUUUAGCUAGUUUAGGGAAAGCAGUGUCCAAUUCAAAAAUGCAGCUAACAACCUCAUACUUAGCUGCAGGCCAAGGCCUUUUACAUACAAUUGUUCUUUUAUCUAGGAUCUGGUAUGCAUUUCAGGUAAUCUAUGAAUAGAAGACAUUUCUUCUAGUUGCUCACAUUUCCAUUAAAGUGCUAAAGUGGACAUGUUAUUGUAAACUACAUUUAUAUUAUAUUGUCUAAAUGUAACAUUGAUUUCUUCGUAUUUUGUUCCAACAAGGAGUGUUCAGUGAUGGAAAGGUUAGACUGGCUAAAUAUUACUGAAUUUAAAAUAGUGCAUUCAUAUAAAGGCGGUUGAUAGAACUGCUUUUGUACCUGCUGUUUUGUGGGUGAAAAAAAGUACAUGGACAAGUGAUACUUAAACUCACAACCCCUUGAUUUACAAAGUGUGUUUACUGGGACAAGUGAAAAGAUGGCAGAAGGAGUGAGUGAGGUAAAUGAAGCAGAAACUGUGUAUGUUCUAGAGACGGGAAUAGGGACUUCCUGGAGUGCUCUGAAUUGGCCCACUUUCACAGAUUGGACAUGUUAGCUACUGCUCUGUCAAUUCAGUUUGCUCUAUCUCAAUAAAUGCUAUUGAUGUUUACUACAAGCUGAAAAUGGAAGUUCUGAAAUGUAAAUGUAUUAAAAUAGUUAUUACUGAAGAAACCUGUUCCUUCUCCAGCACAUGCUGUCAACUUCUAAAAUGUAGUGUAAGGCUUACUGUGGUGGCCUUGAUGCAUUACAGGAAUACCAUGGUCGCCCUUUUCCUAUGGUAGUACUGUAACAUUUAAAGGCCAGUAGGAGUGCUGGGGGAUGACCCCCCCCCAAAAAAAGUAGGCCCAAUAGUGCUCUUGCAAAGGGCACGUUAAUAUCCAGGUUCUGCAAACACUGUUACAUACAAUAAAUCCUCAGAGUAUAUAAAGCAACAAAUCCAUGAAAAAGCAGACUGGGGCAGGGGAGAAAGGCAGGUAGCCUGUCCUUGAAGGAGAGAAAUGCUCUAUGAGCCUUUAAUAUCUAGCAAGUUGAGCUCCCUUUCAGAAAUGACAGGCCCAGGUAAACCCCAUUCUUAACAAGUGCCCCCAAUUUUAUCUGAUCACUUGAGACUCCAUCCCUAUGAGCCAACUGCUGAGGUGCCGAGAUUUUAUCAGUUCAGCACUUUUGGCAUCUGUUUUGUUGACUGCUCUAUAUGCAGACUGAGAGGCCUUUUCACACUCUUUUCUGUUAAAGAGUAGAAUAUGCUCUCAAAAUGCCUGCUAUCCAUCCCAGGAGUGAACUAUUGACAGAGAGCUGGAACUUCCACUCCACCAUUAAAUGAAAAGUGAAUGAUAGAAAUCAGAUAGCACUUAAGAAAAGGCCUGAAAGAGGUAGCAAUGAGACCCAUUUGCAUCAUAUCUAACAGGCUGGGGUCUGUGCAGGGAGAAAUAACCAGCCAAAGAGACAAUCACUAACCCUUGAAGCUUAUUAGUACUACUGUAAAUAUACUGGACCAGUGAGCGCCAAGGUAGAGUGAUUAUGUUGACUUUUGGAGAUUUUAGUUAGACUCAGUUUCAGCAUACACUUGUACCUGGCUGCUAAAUAUAGGCUUGGAGUGUACUAUUGCCUACUAGAAACAGAAAUACACAAAUCCAACUAACGCAACAUAGUUUUGUUAUCAUACAUCUCCCAGAACAGUCGCUCUGUUAAAAUGGCAACUAGAACAGUAGACACAGAGAUUCAGGUUGGUGCGAGUAUGGGGACUUAGUCCAUUAAACCUAUGACACAUGGAGGAACAGUAAGACAAUCACUUGUUGGAUUUCCAUCAGCCAUUGGAUUGAGUCUCCUUUUACAAGUAGGACAUGUAUAGAAUGUCAGAGAGUUUUGAUUAAAAGUUAAGGUUAGAAGCAAGACAAAAUGCGAUAAAACUACUGUUCGUAAAAGUACAACUCGCUCCAGGAAAUCUUAUGCAUUUAAUGUUUGCCAGUGUGUUUUGAAGUGGAUCAUCUACACUCCAAAGAUUUAAAUUUGCAUACCAGAAAUUUAGUGCUAAACUAGAUAAAACACAGGAGAAGUUUCCAAAGCAGCAAGGAAAAAUGUGGCACAGGUAAAUACUGAACUUGCAGUGCUUCUAGAAUGGUACAUACUCUGCUGCCAUUGAUGAUUACAAAAAACACCCUCUUCUGCAACACAGAUAGCAGGGAGUCCAAGUGCCGAUACGUCACCCCAAAAAUCAAACCAUACAGAUGCAUCUUGGCUUCAAUUUCUCCUCAGAACCAAGAGCGGGAUAACACAUCUUCAUCUGAGCAAAAUGAAUCGUGGUGGCCGUUUAUACCACGUAGUCCAUCAAUCACCAGCAUUAAUAAAAGACGCGAGGGCUUUAAUGCAAGACAGAUUUUGCCUUUAAUGCACACUCAAGUCACAAUAUCUAGUCAGAGACAGUUACUCCAGGUAACGUAAUUUCCCUGUCAAAGGCAUCUAUUUAGCAACCUGUCUAGAGAAGUGACAGGCUUGAACAGAGGGAAAUGCCACAAAACAGGCUUCAUCAGAAACACAGUAAUCAACAUUUUCCACUAUCACAUUAGGACUUGAUCAACACAUUAAAAAAAUGCAAAAAUCAAUCCCACUCCCUUUACACACACUAUUACUAGAAAUCAGUAGCAUAUGCAAAUUUGAUAUGCUAUUAAUGCAUACACACUGUCCAAAUGAAAACUUCAGCCAUGUUCAACAGUUUUGGAAUAGUUCUUACAGUUUUAAGAAGUCUGUGCUUUUUUAAGAAAGCAUAGAACACAUCUGAGACCAUCAAUGACCAAAAUUUCAAUGAAAUCAACAUUGCCCCAAUAUCCUUGCUGAAGGAUUUCCCCCACAUUGAGCACUGGCUCCAUGCCUCUACCAAUUUUCUCCAAAACAAACUUAACAUAACGGUUAACAGCAAAAUAAUUAUUAAAGCAGUGGCAGUGCCUGCAUGUAUUGACCUCUGGAGCAUUUAUUUGUUAAGACGGUAAGGCCAAGAUGUCUUCCCUUGCAGCAAGUAAUUUCACAUGAUACAGUGUGCAGCACAGAGGUGAAGCGUACUCCUUGAAGGGUCAGGAGAAGGAGUGGGGGGGGAAGAAAGGGGAGAGAGGAUGCUUUGCAUAAUAAGUUUGCGUGUCUUUGAAUGUGGAACGGAGACCAAAGCCUCCGAGCGGCUUCAUUAGCUCGAUCCCACCUCCUCUUUGGCUACAGGAGUCGUUUCCAGAUCUUUGCUCUGCUUUUCUUCUUCAUCAUCAUCAUCUUCUUGAGGGUACAAAUCCGGGUACUUCUGCAUGCACUCCUGCAUUGCACGAAACUGGUCCACACAAUCUGAUCCCUUUAUUUCUUCAUUGCUAUAAUGGAAACAGGAAAAUGCUGAUUUGAAUUGUUCCCCACAAGGGCCACUAGCCAUUCCGCCAAGGCAAGGACAAUUCCAGUUGAUAUCUCCAUUAGGCAAUAUUAAACCUAGGAGGAAAAAAGGAAUAAGUAAGGGAAUAGUAAGUAAUAAGGUUUUUUAAAAAAAAAAUGGUGAAGAAAUUCAUCCCAUUUAACUGAACUUGCGUACUGUAAGUUCAGUGCCAAUGCAGAACAUGAGCCUUAUACUCAGUUUCAAUUCCCUAAAAUCCAGUCUGAUCAAUUGUCUGUCUUGAAUCAACCUAUGUUGACAGGAUGCUGCUUAUGCUACCACUUUUGAUAUUACCAGAAAACCUAAUUGCUGCUGACGAUAAUCACAAAGCGCCCUCAAGUCUUCACUCCUAUGAAAAAAUUAAUGGACCGAAAAUAUGAAGCAGGUGAGAAAGGACUUUUUGUGCAAAGCAGCAGGAAUGUUUUUGCUUUGGACUUCCGGGAAGGGUGACUUAGCCUGUGCCUGCUUUUGAGACGGGCUCCUGCCUCAAAAGAAGCUUAUUCAGAUAUAUCAGUCAGAUUUUUUCUUUUUUUUGACUGAUUAAACUUCUCCCGGGUAGGGAGAAACGAAGAGAUUAACC